AUGGCCACUGAUAAUCUCAAAGAAUAUGAAAAGCUGAAGAAACAGCUUCAACAAGCCAUUUUGAAGAAGAAGUCACUGGACAAACAAAUAACACAGAUAGAGGAGGAUAUAUUUCAAAAGGAAACAACAUAUUUAUCAGAGUCCAACAACUCCAAUAUCGUUAGAGGGUUUGAAAGUUUGAGCAAGUUGAAUGCAAGUAACAUCAACAAGAAAAAGCUGGUCUUCACAGAUGAUGAUAGAAUAUUCAGUCUGAGUAGUCAUACUUUUGUAAGACAUCUACAAAAGAAGAGUGAAGAAGAUGAUGAUGAGAGUAAUGAAAGUACACCUGUUGCUAGUGCAAAUAGUGGGAAGAAGAGGAAAAGAAAUGAAGAAUGA